AUGUCCGGAGAACUCUUCAAGCCAGAGAAGGACUACAGCAAGGAUGCCGACAAGAUAAUCCCAGAGGCGAAAGAGCUUGCCAAGAGCAAUGUUCAAGCCGCCAUCGAUAAGCUGUCUCUGCUGGAGAAACAAGCUCGCCAGGCAUCCGAUCUUGCCACCACCUCCCGAGUGCUCAUAGCCAUUGUCACGAUCAGCAAGGAGUCCGGUGACUGGAGCUUACUAAACGACCAGGUGCUUUUGCUAUCAAAGAAACAUGGCCAGCUCAAGCAGGCGACGACGAAAAUGGUCCAAGAAGUCAUGGGAUUUCUAGAAGAUACCCCAGACUUGGAAACCAAGCUGUCGGUGAUUGAGACCCUACGAACUGUCACAGAAGGAAAGAUUUUCGUAGAAGUGGAGAGAGCUCGCAUCACCCGUUACCUAUCACAAAUCAAAAAAUCACAAGGCGAUCUGAACUCGGCCACCGAUAUCCUUUGCGAGCUUCAGGUGGAGACAUUCGGAUCGAUGUCCAGGAGAGAAAAGACCGAGUUUAUCCUUGAACAGGUGGCUUUAUGUAUUGAACGAGGUGACUGGACUCAAGCAUCUAUUCUCAGCCGCAAGAUUAAUAAGCGCUACUUUGCACGCAAACCCAAGAAGACACCCGAGCAGUUGGAGAAGGAGCAAAAGGAGUAUGAGGAGCGGCUAAAGACACGCGCUUCUGACGAGCCGAUGCCAGAGAAGGAUGAGUCAGUCGAGGACUUGAAGCUUCGUUACUACGAGCAGCAGAUUAUCCUUUCUAAGCAUGACCAGAACUACCUAGACACCUGCAAGCACUACCGGGACGUUCUUGAUACGGAGUCGGUUGAGGAGGAUCCUGAAAGGCUCCGAGCAGUCCUCGCACGGAUUGUUUACUACGUCGUACUCGCCCCAUACGACAACGAUCAAUCGGAUCUUCUCCACCGUAUACACCAAGAUAGUCGGCUGUCACAAGUCCCCGUGGAAGCUCGUCUUCUAAAGUUGUUUACGGUUCAUGAAUUGAUGCGCUGGCCGGAAAUUGCAGAGACCUUUAGCCCUCAUCUUACCAGCACAGAUGUAUUCGACAAGGAGCAGAACCCGAACGAACCAGAUGCAUACACACGAUGGCAAGAUCUGCGGAAGCGCGUCAUCGAGCAUAAUGUGCGGGUUGUUGCCAAGUACUACACCCGCAUUCAGACGAGCCGCUUGACGCAACUGCUGGACUUGAACGAGGAGGAGACGGAGAAGUACAUCAGUGACUUGGUAACGUCGAAGACGAUCUAUGCGAAGAUUGAUCGUCCUGCGCGUGUGGUCAACUUCGCAAAGUCCCGGGAUGCCGAUGAUGUGCUGAACGAGUGGAGCAGCAACAUGAGGAGUUUGUUGGGCCAUCUGGAGAGGAUUGACCAUCUGAUUACCAAGGAAGAGAUGAUGGCUCGUAUCCAGCCGACCAAGAACGAGAAGGUCAAAGCCUGA